AAACUAGAUACGAUCCUUGAUUCCUUUAGUAUUCUCCUCACCCACCACAUUUAAGCAUCCAACACCUACUGUCACACCCUCCAAACUCCACCACUCUUAACCCAACCCAAGCAUUCCAACCUAAGGCACCACCAUGUCUUGCCUAGACUGCAGCAGGUGUCACUGUGCCCACUCGAAAACCCUAUAAAUCUGUUCUCUACCGAGACCUGUCCCUGUGUCACUCAGACACAGCCACCUGAAGGAGCAGAUCUGGUCACAGGGCUGCUCUGCUGAAGUCCUUCUUUUGAGUGUGAAUAGUUUCCUCUUACACUCAAAAUAAAACCCAAAUUCCUUAAAACUAUGACCUACAAGGCCUUACAUGAUGACCUGGCCUCUAUCUCUAUUUUACACCUUAUCUCCCAUCCUCUCUUUUAGUUCAUUCAUUUCUGUCAUACUGACCUUCUUGUUGCUAGCUUGUCAAUCAUGUUUCCACUCAAAUGUCACUCCUCAAAGGGGACCUCCCUGACCAUCCUGUUUUAGUGUAUACUGUCUCUAACAUUUUUCUCUCUUUACUGUUUUCACCAUCCUUUAUGCCAUUUUAAUAAUACUUUGAAAUUAUAUUAGAUAUCUGCCUACCCAGUGAUUGUCUACCCUAGAUAGUAUGUUCCAAGAAGCCACGUUCAGUUUACCCUAAAAACCCUAUCACCUUUCACAGUGUCUAGCAUCCAACGGGCCAUUAAGACAUUUCCUGAAUGAAUGAUAAAGGCUGGCACCUAGGCCCAGUGAGCGCUGAGCUCCACUAGAAGCCAUCAGUCCAGGCAUUUAUGAGCCACACGAUGCUGAGGGGCUCCGCUCCAGAACUAGGACACGGACAAUUGUGGAAUUCUGCAACUGGAGAAUCGGCACAGUGUAAUCGCCGGCUGGCAGUCAGCUAAUCAUUCUAGCAGCUCUAUCAGACAGAUGCCCAACAGACAGAGCUAGCCGGUGACAGCCAGGUGAAGCCGUUACGGGAUUCCACCGUGCUGGAGCUAUUUCCAAAGUCUGAUUUACUAGCGUUGUUUGGCAUUUUUCUUCACAGUUGUUUUAUUUUAAAAAUAAAACCAAGCACCAUUCUUGUUCACCUACUCUGUCACACUAAACUCUAAACAUGUUCCACCUACACACACAUCCAUUUGUCCUAAAUAUACACUGCUGAAAAUAAAAAGUGGUUUUAAGCCACAGUGUCCCUACUAAAGAAAUGUAGAAAUGUGUUUUUAAACAUGCCUAAGGGAAGGCCUGCCUUCACCCGAGACUCGGAGGAGUGGGGUCUAGGCAGCGGCGUCAUGCGGCUGGCACAAGCUCUUAGUUGGUACCGGCGGAUGUCAGUCGUUUACGGACUGGGCGCCUGGACCCUGCUGGGCUCCUUGAUUUUCCUGAGUCAGAAAAAGAGCAAGCCGCCAGGUGAUAAAGUAGAACAAAAGGAUGCCUCAAGAAACGAACUAUCUGAGCCCCCAAAAGGCUUUUAUGUGGAAACGAUUGUCACAUAUAGAGAAGAUUUUGUUCCAGUUACUGCCAGGAUCAUCAACUAUUUGAAAUCAUGGACUAGUGGCCCUGGACCAAAAUCAUGAUUGACUGCUAAACUCUGAAAACAGAACUUUGGUUCAGCAUAUACAUUUGAGAGAUACCUUGAUUUCCACUUUCCAUUUGUGAAAAGUGAAUACAUUUAAGUUUGCUGUAAAAUAAAAAAAUAGGCAAUAAAUAGCCCCUUGAA